AUGACUUGGGAUGAGUCCAGGAAGCUCUUCUCGCACAAUAUGAGCCAGUUCGCGGCGAUCCGGAGCCACCGCGGCUUCCGGAUCAUCUUCGCUGCCGUCGCAGUCAUAUUUGCGCUCUCUAUAUUCAUGCUGCUUCCACCCGCAUCGUCAACGAGUCAAGUCUUCGGAUUCGGGCAGGGACAGAAGCCGGCAACUCAUUCAUCUUCAGCUGGAACCAUCACAAUAGAUACCACCCUCAUCACCGAUAUAUCGCAAUACUUUGCGGACCACCCUAUUCAGAAACCCUUUAAAGAGAAGUUCGGCGAGCUAGGCCGCCGCAACCGAGUUCUUCGCGACUGGCUCAUUCAAGCUGAAGCCUCACAGGACUCUACCACCAAGUCCAUCUUACACAACGCCAUUGAAGGAGUCGCCAUCGCACAAUACCCUUUCCUGCAACCUCCCAAGCAGCCUCAGUCGCACCAUUCUAGAUCCUCCCAUCACCCAGUACAAGACCUUCGCGCUUCUUUUGAGCCCAACUCAGCCGGCAUCGUCAUCCCCACCAGCGACUACACCCUCCGUUAUGCCGCCCACCUCAUUGCCUCUCUCCGCUUCGUCCUCAACUCUACUCUGCCCAUCCAAGUUGUCUACGCAGGCGAUGACGACCUCUCCCCGACCAACCGGAACCACCUUUCAACACUGGCAGCCUCUGGCCCCGCCAUCACCUUCCUCAACAUCCUCACCGUCUUCGACGACACAACCCUCAAACUCCAAACGGGCGGCUGGGCCAUAAAACCUUUCGCGGCGCUAGCUUCCCCUUUCGAAAAAGUUAUCCUUGCAGAUGCUGACGCCGUCUUCCUGCAACCCCCAGAAGUACUCCUCCAGCACGACGCCCUCGUCAACAAAGGCGCGCUUCUCUUCCAUGACCGCCUUCUCUGGAAACACGCCUUCGAGGGCCGUCAUGAGUGGUGGCGGGAUCAGAUCCGUCGACCCAGUAAGGAAAUGGAUGCCUCUCUUGUCUGGACGGAAGAUUACGCUGAAGAAGCGGACUCGGGUCUCGUGGUACUCGACAAAAGUAGGCCUGAUACGUUCAUGGGCCUGUUGCAUAUCUGCUGGCAGAAUACGUACGAAGUGCGCGAGGAAACUACGUACAAGAUCACGUAUGGAGAUAAGGAGAGCUGGUGGUUCGGGUUGGAGUUGUCGGGCGCUGAGUAUGAGUUUUCGAAGCAUUAUGGAGGGAUCGUGGGGUGGAAGAACGUCGAUGAUAAGGAAAGAGUCGGUGUAUGUAGUUUCGUGAUUGCGCAUGUGGAUGCCAAGGGGCGACUGUUGUGGUAUAAUGGGAGUCUGUUGAAGAAUAAGGGACAGGCUGGGAUGGAGGAUGUCUAUGAGGUCCCGGAUAAGUGGAUGAUCGAUGCGGAGUGGGUAAAAGGGUCGAGGAAACAGGAUCAUAGUUGUAUGGUCGGUGGUGAGGUCAGGGAUCUCACGAAGGAGGAGUUGGAUGUCUUAGAGAGGUCGAUUGCUGCUGCAAGGCAGGUGGAUACGCUGGUGCGUACCGAUUGA